CGCUUCGACAAGCAGAUCCCGUAGAGCGGCACUUGCUCGAUAAAAACCAGGGCAGCGUACCUCGAGGAGUAGACGCAGAAAGUCGCGGCCUUGAAACAUGGGUCUUACAUUCACGAAGCUGUUUGCUCGCUUGUUUUCAAAGAAAGAAAUGAGAAUUCUUAUGACCUUCGCCGGCAUCUGUCUACGACGCGUAUUCGGAAGCACUUCGCAUAAACAUGCGCUUGCGUUCCGUGUACCUCAAGUAUUUGCGGAUUACGUGCUCGUUCCACGCGAAUCAUCCAGCAACGAACAAAUACCUUGCCGUGGCCGCAACUCUUCGGAUCUCUGUACGUUGAAAAUCCCGCUUUCUCUUCAGGUUGGCCUCGAUGCAGCCGGAAAGACGACGAUCUUAUACAAGCUCAAGCUCGGCGAAAUCGUUACAACCAUACCCACAAUCGGUUUCAAUGUUGAAACCGUUGAGUACAAGAAUAUUUCUUUUACUGUGUGGGACGUCGGCGGACAAGACAAGAUCCGCCCGCUUUGGAGACACUAUUUCCAAAACACUCAGGGGCUUAUCUUUGUUGUCGAUAGCAACGACCGCGAUCGCGUCUCAGAAGCAAGGGACGAGCUUCAUCGUAUGCUGAACGAGGAUGAGCUUCGCGAUGCCGUGCUGUUAGUUUUUGCCAACAAACAGGAUCUGCCUAAUGCAAUGACUGCCGCAGAAAUAACUGAUAAGCUUGGACUCCACUCCAUCCGCCAGCGCCACUGGUUCAUUCAGUCGACUUGCGCAACAUCUGGUGAAGGCCUCUACGAAGGUUUGGACUGGCUUUCUACGAACAUCGCGAAUGGAAAGUGAAAUUUAAUUAUCACUCGCGGGAAGGGCGUGGAGGUCGUAAGGCUGACCAAAAGAGAGCUAAAAAAUAAGCUUUUGCAUGUCCCAAGCAUCGUUCACUUCAUGUGUGUGUUUUCUGAUACCUGUGCAGUGAGGUGCAGAAAUUCGCUUUCUUUCUAGUAGAUACUCUUUUAUUUACAAGAGAAAUUGCCAGGCUAUCCAGCCAGAUGUACCCUAGAGUCAAGUCAAUGAUUGCCAGGCCGUGGUAGCGCGUGCAGAGCAUACUUCCGGACACGAUAACUGUGUUUACCCAUUGUAGAGCUCAA